AUGUCAUCUUCAUCUUGGAGUUGCUUUGGAAAUUCUCCUUCUAAUCUGCAACGUUUUCUUCAAUGUGUCACUCCUGUUAUUCCUUCACAAAUUUUACCUCAGAGUUGUUUUAAUGAUCUAAAUAGCAAAUGGCAGCCGAUUGGUAAGGACACAAUUGAAUGCUUCAGUCUGAAAGAUCUCUGGGACCGUUUUUAUGAAUGGAGUGCAUAUGGUGCCGGUACAUCCGUGGAAACGGAGAAUGGUGAAACUGUGGUUCACUACUAUGUUCCAUAUCUUUCUGCUAUCCAAAUCUACACCAAUAAGUCUAUCGCUGCUUCCCGGUAUGAUAGUGACGGAGUUGAAUGUGAAAGUGAUUCGUGGAGCGACGAUAGUGGAAGUGAUAACUUGUGCCGAUCUGUAAGUAAUGAUUCAAGCAAAUCUUGGGAUGCUAUUUCUGAAGACUCAAGCUCUGAGCAAGAGGGCUCAUGUCAAGCUAAGGAUAAGCUUGGCCACCUUUACUUAAACUAUACUGAGAUGUCUUCGCCUUACCAAAGGGUUCCGCUUAUGGAGAAGAUACCAGAGUUAGCUGAAAGCUAUCCAGAACUAAUGACGUUGAAGAGUGUCGAUCUUUCUCCUGCAAGUUGGAUGGCUGUUUCGUGGUACCCGAUAUAUACCAUCCCUAGUCGAAAAAAUGACAAGGACAUGGAAGCAUGUUUCCUGACUUAUCAUACAUUGUCUUCAUCUUUCCAAGAUUCUGCAAUGGAGCAUGAUGGAAUGGACAUAGACAAAGAUGUUUCUUGUUCCAAUGGUUGGGAAAAUAUUGUAGGAGAGGAUUGCAAGGAAAAGAAAAGUGGCUCUAUUUCUCUACCUCCAUUUGGGCUAGCCACUUACAAAAUGCAGACUGAUAUUUGGCUAAACACUGAUCCAGAAGAUUACGAAAGGAUAUCGUAUCUGUGUAGUGCCGCAGAUUCAUGGCUGAAACAACUCAAUAUCGAUCACCAUGACUUCAACUUCUUCACAUCAAACUCUACUUUGUAA